AUGAAUACGGCUGAUACCAAUGUCGAGGCCGGUCUGGCCCAGGGUUUGACAUGGGGCAACUUUUACCAAAUCGAAAUAUCCAUGUCACUAUUCUGGUUGAUCUUUUUGGUAUUAGGAAUGAUGAUCUUCAGUGUCUUGUACUGGUGCGUCUUGAACAUCAAAGCCAGAGUCUUGGCCACUGAAAGGGAAAAGUCCAAGAUAAGAUUUCGAAAGAGAGACAAAGUCAUGUUUUAUGGAAAAAAAAUGCUUAGAAAAGUAAAGACAUUUACAAAAAAUGAUGUUUUAGGGCCAAGAGGACGAAUGAAGAAACGCCAGCUGGUGUUAAAGAUUGCCAAAAGGCUUCUUCAACGAAAGAGGGAGAGUCAGCCACUGUUAGUACAGAAGGAACCACCACGGUCAUUCCUAGAAGUUGAUUCUUCAGAACAAGAUGACAGCGAAUCCAGAUUACCACCAGAUGUCGUGUACAUGUUACGGAGUGUCAGAGUUUUUGGACAUUUCCAAAAAGAUCUGUUUUUGGAGUUGUGCCGUCAUUUUGAACGAAAAUUUAUACCAGCUCACACUUACCUUUUCCGUAUUGGUGAUAAUGAUGACAGCAUCUACGUUGUGGAGAGUGGAAAAAUCAAUGUUUAUAUUACAGAAAGUGAUAAUAUUGAGUACCUUGUAAAAGAAGUCCAGACAGGUGAGAGUAUCCACAGUCUCCUGAGUAUUGUAGAUGUACUAACAGGUCAUCCAUCACCAUUUAAGACUGUCACUGCCAAAGCUGUUGAAGACACUAAUGUUCUCAAGUUACCUGUCCAGUCUUUCCAAUCGGUAUUUGAGUUGUACCCUGAUUCUUUGGUCAGAGUUGUUCAGAUCAUCAUGGUCAGAUUGCAGAGGGUCACUUUCCUCGCUCUGCAUAAAUACCUUGGCCUCAGCACUGAACUUAUAAAUCCAGCAACCGCACCUGAAGAGAACAUAAAGUCUCUAAAUAUUUAUGCACUUGCAAUGGCCAGUUCUGUGAGUCCGUACCAAUCAACCAAUAUCAAAGACACUCAAUCUACACCAUCUUUGCUGGUUACAUCCUCGGACAGCAUGUCUUUGACUGAUAUUGCCAGUAGUUCUUCAGAGAAGUUGUCUCGUCAUUCUUUAAGUGACAGCUCUGGUAAUCCAAAGAGUGUUCUAAGCCAUUCCAUAUCUGAAGAAGAAGCUUAUGAUCCAUUAGUUUUUGAGAAUGAGUGCAUGCGAGGCAGGGUUCAAACUAUCGGCUACCAAAGAUCUGUUCCUGGAGGACUGGCACCUGUAAGAUUGAGUGAUGACGAAUUAGAGAUGCAGCGAAUGAAUAUUAAACGCCAUGGGUCUGACCCAAUGGGCUACUCUCUCACAAUGGGACGUACACUGAUUGACCAAAAGAAAAUAGAAUUGGUCAAACAGGACUUGACCAAUUUGUUCAAGUUGAAGGAUCCCAAUUUGUUGGAUGGGAAACUGACAUUAAAACAAUUCCGAGCUGGCAGCAUAUUGCAGAAACAGGGAGAUCAGGAUUCCAGUUUGUUCUUCAUAGUCACAGGAACCCUUAAUGUCUUACAGAAUUUGAUUGGUCAUGAAGAAAAAGAGACAUUGCUGUUCAGUGCUGGACUGGGGCGUGUUGUUGGUGCCCUUGCAGUACUCACUGGAGAGCCAUCCAUGUUUACCGUCAAGUCAAAGACAGAAUCAGAAGUUGUUCUGAUUUCAAAAAUGGAUUUUUACUCAAUAAUGAAAAAACAACCGUCCAUAGUUUUACAGGCAGCACAUACCAUUGUCAGUCGAAUGUCUUCGUUUGUCAGACAGAUUGAUUUUGCUCUCGAUUGGACAAUGCUGGAGGCUGGCAGGGCACUUUUCAGCUUUAUUUGUGGUAAAACUGACUACAAUUUUAUUAUGCACCUUUUUCUUUUCUCUUUCUUUUUCUUUUCUCUUUCUUUUUCUUUUCUUUCUUUUUUUCUUUUCUCUUUUUUUUUUUUUCACUUUUUUUUUUUCUUUUCUCUUUUUCUCUUUUCUCUUUUUUUCUCUUUUUCUUUUUUUUCUUUUUCUCUUUUUUUCUUUUCUCUCUCUCUUUCUUUUCUCUCUCUCUUUCUUUUCUCUCUCUCUUUCUUUUCUCUCUCUUUUUUCUCUCUCUCUUUCUUUUCUCUUUUUUUUUUUGUUAUAUUAAUUAAUUCAUCCUUGUCAGCUUCUGUCACUCUCUAUCAUGAACUUAAAAAUCAGCUUGAUUAUUCUUUUGAUAGACAAGAUGACCCUUGCAACUCCAUUUAUAUCAUUCUUACUGGACGUCUUCGGUCAAUCAUCACUUCAGCUAAUAACAAGAAAGAGCUGGUUGGUGAAUAUGGUCGUGGAGACCUGGUUGGCAUUGUAGAGGCCUUGACCCAGACUCAACGGGCUACAACAGUUAUGGCUGUGCGAGAUACAGAACUUGCUGACAUUCCUUCAGAACUCUUGAACCACAUCAAGAGGAAGUAUCCUCAGAUUGUCACACGGCUUAUACACUUGUUGGGCCAGAGGCUGCUGGGAAAUUUACAAAGUAGAACCACAGAUCAGCUGCAAAUGGAAAAUCGAAUGAUAGUGUCCAAUCUAUCAACGGUUGCUGUUGUGCCUAUUUCCAGUGAUGUACCCUUGGAGAAUUUCACUUUGGAACUGCAGCAUGCUCUCAAUGCCAUUGGUCCCACAGCCAGAAUUACAAGUGAAAUAGUCAAAAACAGACUUGGAAAUACUGCAUUUAACAGCCUGAACGAGUUUCGUCUCUUUAGUUGGUUAGGCCAACAUGAGGACAUCAACCGUAUGGUUCUCUUCCAGUGUGAUAAUACUAUGAACCGGUGGACCAAGCAUUUUGUCAGGCAGGCUGACUGUAUUCUUAUUGUUGGUAUUGCCACAAAUGACCCUUCAGUAUUGGGAGAGGUUGAAGCCCAGUUGGAAAACAUUGCUGUGAGAGCCCAAAAGGAACUGAUUCUUCUUCAUCGUGAAGAUGCUGACACACCUCGCAGGACUGCUGAUUGGCUGAAUGCCCGGGGUUGGUGUUCGUCUCAUCAUCACAUUCGGUGCCCGAAGAGAGUCUUCAGUCGGAAAUCCAAAGAGAAAAGUAAAGAGGUCUAUGCAAAACUAUUUGAGUCGGAACCUGAUAAAUUAACAGACUUCUCCCGGUUGGCACGCUUCUUGACAGGCACUUCCAUUGGAUUAGUGUUAGGAGGCGGUGGUGCAAGAGGUAUUUCUCAUAUGGGAAUGAUCCGAGCCAUGGCUGAAUCUGGCAUUCCCAUUGAUAUGGUCGGAGGAACGAGUAUUGGAUCGAUAAUGGGGGCUAUCUGGGCAGAAUCGAGGGAUGUGACAAGAUCUGUCCAGAGAGCCCGAGAAUGGUCGAAGGAGAUGACUUCCUUAUGGAAAAAAAUCCUAGACCUUACUUAUCCUGUCACAUCUAUGUUCACAGGAAGUACCUUCAACAAAAGUUUAGAGAAUUUAUUUCAAGAUCGACAAAUAGAAGACUUAUGGAUCCCAUACUUUUGUAUCACUACCGACAUUUCUGCCUCUUCCAUGCGAGUACAUACUACAGGUGAGCCUUUCAAUAUCUUUUGA